AUGGAGAAAUCGUGCACUUUGCUAGUACACUUUGACAAGGGCACACCGGCAAUUGCCAAUGAGAUCAAGAAGGCACUUGAAGGGAACGAUGUUGCUGCUAAAAUUGAUGCCAUGAAAAAUGCAAUUAUGCUUUUGCUGAAUGGUGAAACUCUACCUCAGCUCUUCAUUACCAUCGUUAGAUAUGUGUUACCCUCUGAGGACCACACUGUUCAGAAACUUCUUUUGCUUUAUUUGGAGCUUAUUGACAAGACUGAUGGCAAAGGGCGUGUGUUACCCGAAAUGAUCUUGAUCUGUCAAAAUCUGAGGAAUAAUCUUCAGCACCCAAAUGAAUACAUCCGUGGUGUUACAUUGAGGUUUCUAUGCCGGCUGAAAGAGGUGGAGAUCAUUGAGCCUUUGAUCCCCUCCAUUAUCUCAAACUUGGAGCAUCGGCAUCCUUAUGUCAGAAGAAAUGCAAUUCUUGCUGUGAUGACAAUUUAUAAGCUGCCACAAGGCGAGCAGCUCUUAGUUGAUGCACCAGAGACAGUUGAAAGGUUUCUAUCAUCAGAGCAGGAUGCAUCAACUAAGAGGAAUGCCUUUCUGAUGCUUUUCAAUUGCGCUCAGGAUCGUGCAAUUAAUUAUCUUUUGACCAAUGUUGACAGAAUACCUGACUGGGGGGAAUUAAUGCAGAUGGUCGUCUUGGAGUUGAUUCGAAAAGUUUGUCGGACAAACAAAGCAGAAAAAGGGAAGUAUAUUAAGAUCAUUAUAUCUCUACUGAAUGCUCCCUCAGCUACUGUUGUCUAUGAAUGUGCAGGAACCCUUGUAUCUUUGUCUUCUGCUCCUACGGCUAUUAGAGCUUCAGCUAAUACAUAUUCCAACUUCUUCUCUCUCAGAGUGACAACAAUGUUAAGCUCAUUGUGCUUGAUCGCCUAA